AAUAAGAGUCCAACUGAUAGUCAGGGGCAAAUUUAGUCCACAAGACCUUGUGUGUUCAGCUGAGAGCGCUCUGAGCAUGUAAGAGAAACUCAGUUAGAAAAGAAUGACAUGGUGAUUAAAAGAGGUGUGAAAUAGCAAUCAAUGCACAAGCUGUUAAUUAAGACUAUGUGAGUAAGAACACCUUCUGUGAGAAACACAAUUAAAAAGGAUAAUAUUUGGAUAACUCAUGGGAGUCCAAGAAAAGUAGAAUUAAGUUGGACGACUCGAAAACACUCUUCUGCUGCUUCUAUCUUAGUUCAUGGAGGAAGAGGACACAUGGAGCCUGGAGAACACCUCCAUGCACAUGAACAUUUCCCUAGGCUCAAAUGAUUCCUCUCCAGUCUCUCUGCCUGGCUUGGAGUACAGCGAUGCAGAGGUGGUCUUAAUUAGCAUCUUGAUGGGACUGCUGGUUCUGGGCAUCGUCUUCGGCAACUUGCUGGUCAUCAGUGCCAUUGUACGUUUCCAGCGUUUGCAGACAGUCACCAACUACUUUAUAAGCUCUUUAGCCUGUGCUGAUUUGGUCAUGGGCCUCCUGGUGGUGCCUUUCGGUGCAUGCUACAUUCUCCUCAACACGUGGCACUUUGGAAACUUCUUCUGUGAGUUCUGGACCGCCACAGAUGUGUUGUGUGUGACUGCUAGUAUUGAGACACUGUGCGUGAUCGCCCUGGACCGGUAUGUGGCAAUUAUGUGGCCUUUGCGCUAUCAGUCCAUGCUUACGAAGCGGAAGGCGUGCGGGGUGGUACUAGGCGUGUGGGCUGUCGCCGCCCUGAUCUCCUUUCUACCCAUCCACAUGAAGUGGUGGGUGUCAGAUGAACCCGAGGCGUUGAGCUGCAUGGACAACCCUUACUGCUGUGACUUCAACACCAACGCUGCCUACGCCGUGACUUCCUCCAUCAUCUCCUUCUACAUACCCCUCAUCAUAAUGGCUUUCGUAUAUAGCAGGGUCUUCCAGGAGGCCCGCAGGCAGCUUCAGAAAAUCGAUCGCAUCGAGGGCCGGAUACGGACACAAAGCUUCAGUACCCAGGAGGGAAAUGAGUUGAAGAACAAGAGGACCAGGUUUGGCAUGAAAGAUCACAAAGCCUUGAAGACCUUGGGGAUCAUUAUGGGAACGUUCACCCUAUGUUGGCUGCCUUUUUUUGUGCUCAACGUGGUGGCGGCCAUCUGGAAGACGGAUAAUAUCACGUUGCCCUUCAGGAUCUUGAACUGGAUUGGUUAUGCAAAUUCAGCUUUCAACCCAUUAAUCUACUGCAGGAGUCCCGAAUUUAGAUGUGCAUUUCAAGAGAUCCUGUGCAUGAGAACUUCUCAUCUGCCCUCCACAAGGAAUAACAAAGGAUAUAUCUGCAGUGGCCACAGCUGGCAGGUGCACAUGAAGACCACCAGACAACGAGAGCUCUCGCCUUCUAUCUGUGAAACAGUGAUUGGGGCUGAUUGUUUGACCGCAGGCACCAAAAACACAAAUGGGAAUUGUAACAAAGCUGUGACGUCCAUCAUUUAGGCAAUAUUGAACACAAGUAACCUCAGCCUUCAUAUUCCCUCUACCUUGUUUUAAAGCACUACAGAUAUUAGUGGAUAAUUGGAAUGGAGCCAGUGUAUCUGGAUAUAAAGAUUACCCAGAUACUAUUUGGAGAUGAAAUGCAUGAUAAUGCCAGAUGUAAAUGGGGCCAUUGUGAUACCUUGUUGAGUCCGAACAAAUGAAGAUGGAUAUUAGCAUCUGUGCUUUUAACUUGUGGUACAAUGAGGGAAUGUGUUUGGUAGAGCAGCACAUAAAAUCCAGGUUAGAGAUUGAAAGUGAAGAGUCAACCUCUGGAUUCCCUUUACUACCUCAUGACAUUCGUGAAACCCAUGUGGAUACUCUGCCGAUAAAGCAGCUAAAACCAACCUAAGCUGUUUGGCUGUUCUUAGUUGGUCUCCCUAGACCAACUUGGCCAUUCUGGGAGACUUACUUAGACCAGCUAAGACCAGCUUAGGCUGGUUAAAGCAGGGGGGUGGGGGGGUUUCAGCAGGGUAGUCAUUUCAUGUUUUUCAAAAUGCCUCAACUAUCGCAAGCCCUUUUGACAUUAAAUAACAUGCAGACUAUGAAUUAUAGAUAUCAACAAUUGAAUUUUUACGAGUUAAAAUGCUUAUUCUUGAUAUCAGGAAUGGAAUUACUGCUAGUGAGAUUGCUACUUUUUGAUAUCAGUAAUUAGGUUUGCACUAGUAAAAACUAGGGCUGUCAAUCGAUUAAAAUUUUACAUUGAAUAAAUUACAUGACAUGCUGAUUAAUUAUUUGAUUUAAUUGUAAUUAAUCACUUAUAUAAAUAUUUGGAUAGAAUAAUUCAACAAUAAUUCAAUUCAUAAUGAAUAAUCAAUAAUGUAAUAAUUUGAUAAAGAACCAUGGAAAAAACCCAUAUCAAUAGACCACUAUUAUGAAUACUGUGGGGGACAUGUCCCUCUCAAUGUCUAUGGUGGUUACAGCCCUGUUUAAACGCAAAAACGUGUUCUCAUCUUGUUCUGUCCCUAGUGUCAAGCAAGCCUGAGUGAGUUGUUGUCUGUACAGCUGCGUGUUGCCUAUACAGCUGGAAUUUCACAUAUUGCCCCCGCCCCCCCAAAACAGGCGGUGCUUCAAGCUUGAAUUGCUCAGAUGGUAGGAAUAUUUAUUUUUAUGAUCAGGGCCAUGAUGAACUGCAUUAAUUUUUGAAUGCAAAAAUUUUUUAUAUAAUGAAAUCACACUGAAUUAACACAUUAAAUUGACAGCCCAAGUAAACACAUACAUUUUUUAUAUAAAAAAUGACAUCACUACUCACUGAAACCCAUUCUUUAUAUCAAAAAUUUAAUUUUAACUAGUACAUUUCUACUAGUAGUGUGUGUUUAUACCAUAACAUGUGAAAGAUGGAACUUUAAGAGCAACUGACAGUUGUUUUGUCCCAGACAAACUUGUUACAUUCCAUUAAGAGCUUGCAUAGGCUCGCUUAAAGACACAAUCUUCAAUUUCUGUCUGAACCCUCCUCCAGAGAGAGGAAAUAUAACCCUCUGAUGUGGGACAACAGGUGCACAUUGCCGUCUGUGCUAUAACCAGCUGUUCUUGUCAAAAGGAAAAAACAGCCAAGCAGUUCUCUCCAACCCCUGCACUUCAACCUAACUCCAUUAACAUUUUCACUAGGAAAACAUUUUAAGGUUACAGCCGGAGCUGUACCUAUAAAGGGUCAUGUGCUCAAACUGUUUGUAAUUUAGUAAGCAAGUUUCCAUUCACAGGCAUUGCAGGCUGGGUGGCAAAAUCAUGAUGGUGUAUUUAACGCGUCACUAUUUGCAAUGAAGUUAUAAGUACAGUGCCAAACAAUUCUCAUUUCUAAACAUUAUGCUUUUCAUAAUGUUGUAUGUAAACCUCAAAGCUAUUUCAACAGUCCUUUAUCCACAUUUCAGGAAUACAGCAACUAGAAUUUAUGGUUGUGUAAUAGACGUUACUGUUACGUUGUCCUGUUUACAGAAACUUUGAACAAACUGUCCAUUGGGCAAACGCUGCAAAAUCACCUAAUAUUGAUCCGACAGCUGUUUAUUUCCAUCUGCUUUAUGUUUAUAGCCCUGGCAAUGCAUUUAAUCAUGACAAAGACAUUUCUGGAAAGUAUCUGACAAUUAAAAAACGACAACGGGCAUACACCUAUACAUAGCUUUCUGCUCUUUGACUUUACAUGAGCUCCCUUCCUGUGUCUAUGUGUGUGUGUAUACAUGCAUGUAUAUGACGUGUAUGUGCAACAGGAAAAUAAGAAGUGAGACAGCUCAUGUGUCUGUAUUCAGGCAGUAAGGCAUGACUUGUUCAGUGAUACCGGUAUAUAAGUAUUUAUAAAAAUCUAUUUAAUAUUAUUUUUGUGAUGAACAUUCUUUGGGAUAAAAACUUGAAUGAAAGCUUGGAUCGCUUACAUUACAUAAAGCAUUUAAGGUGCUUUGUUGCUGGUACUGUAUUAAUGAACAUCUCAUGCUUCUUGUGUAAGUUAUUAGUAAUUAUUCAUUGAAGUCAAACAUCGUCUUAGGCUUUGUGUAUGAAGUAUUUAGCACAUCAAUGGAUAAAGCAGUUUAUGUAUGUGGCCUUAUGUUACUGUGCAGUGUAUUGGCAGCACAUGUUUGAAAUGUUCUUUGCUUAGUUCGUGCCAUUCCAUGAUACAAAUGUACUUGUUUGCCAAGUGCAACUGUUUCCUCUUUGCUCUUUUUACCACAAAGGUGUUCUGUUUAAAAGUGUUUUAUUUUUAUUUAUUUAUUGAUGUAUGUCGAGCUCCUGAAUGUACUAAGUGGCGAAUUAAAAAUGUCUGUUUGUAACGCUGCAGUUGCUCCUUUUGCACAUUUGCUCCCUCUAGUGGUGACAUGGGGCAUUUGCUCAAAUUUCAUUUCACACACAACAAAGCUGAAAGAAAACACAUCUCAAAUUAUUUCAGUGCUGUUGUCUAAUUUUAUGCUGAACUUACUCUGAGAAAAACAUGCCAUUUAAAUGAGACCCGUAUAGUGUUGGGAGCAGCUAAGCUGCUUUCAGAACAGUUGACCUUAUUGAAUAAGUCAUGAAUAGAGUCUUGAAUUGAAUAAGUCAAAAUCUUUUUCUCCCCUUUUUCUCCCAAUUUGGAAUGCCCAAUUCCCACUACUUAGCAGGUCCUCGUGGUGGCACGGUUACUCACCUCAAUCCGGGUGGCGGAGGACAAGUCUCAGUUGCCUCCGCUUCUGAGACCUUCAAUGCACGCAUCUUAUCAUGUGGCUUGUCGUGCAUGACACCAUGGAGACUCCGUAUGUGGAGGCUCAUGCUACCCUCUGCAAUCCACGCGCGCCCCUUUGAGAGUGAGAACCACUAAUCACGACCACGAGGAGGUUACCCCAUGUGACUCUACCCUCCCUAACAACUGGGCCAAUUUGGUUGCUUAGGAGACCUGGCCGGAAUCACUCAGCACACCCUGGAUUUGAACUUUUUUUUGGGAUAGGGAAAGUAGAGAGGUGACAGGAAAAGGAGAAGAGUAGGAAUAGGAUUGGGAAGGACCUCACGUGCCAGGACUCGAACUCAGGUCACCCGCGGUGCAUCAGCACAACAUGUCAUGAGCACAGCCAGCUAAGCUACGGCUCUGACCAAAGAGAGAGAAAGCAGUAAGGACAUCCACCUGAGAUGAAUUGUGACUAACUACCAUUUCUAUGUUCCCAGACGGGUGCUCGACCACGCUCUCACCUCCACAAAUACAUAUACAAAACAACCACUUUUAGUGUUUGAAUCAAUCAUAUCUCUCACUAAACACUGUGUGAAAUUUUUAUUUUUGCCUUAUUUUAUUCAGUUGGCAUGUAGGAUUUGAUAACAGUUUGCUUAAUAAUUUCAUUCCAUAUCUGGAUAAUUGCUGCAAUAUCAUAGAGGAUACAUUUCCUCCUCUAUGAUAUUGCAUUAUAUUAGUUUUGUACAGUAUGUUAACUUAAUAGCCAAAAUACUUGGAUAUAUACGUGACUGAGAAUAAACCUGAAAUAGGAAUGUGUUUCAGUCACAAUGCACAUUAUGUAGUUUAGAGGCGAUUUAGAGACAUUUAGAAUGUUACAAAUGGCUAUUUCUAUUUAAAUAAAUGUUGCA